AAUAUAAUGUUCUGCUCUGCAGUGUGCGUGUGAUCUGUAUUACAAAAAAACAUUACGUUGUGCUGAGUGAUAGUUGUUUCAUUAGGUGACAUGCUGGUCCUUCCUUGUAUUUAAAAUAUUUUUUGGGCGACUUUAUCUUCAACCAUUCUGAGUGGACGGCAGGAGAUGCGCCGUGCGUGUCUGCUGUCUUGAAUACCGCAGCGCAGACUAUAUUCAUUAUUUUUUUCCUGGAGAUUUCCCAGCUGUGGAGCAGAGCGCGUCUGCAGAACGUUUCCUCGGUCUCUCAGCGCGUCGGCGGCGCAGUCUAACCCAGUGGCAGCCUUGACAGGGUUAAUUGGACGCAGUUGCCAGGAGUGGAUAAUUACAGAAAGGGAUCGAUACCACUGGCUCCUGCUGUAGACCAUCCCUGACGCAGAAGGACUGAAGCACAAUUCACUUCUUGCCCGUCGCAGAGGAAAGAAAAGCAGGCGAUGGGCACCUAUAUAAGAAUACUUAAGUUGGGCUAUAGAGGUUGAUCAAAACGAUCUGGGGAAGAACGGAGGGUUGGAUACUGAAACUGACAUGGAAUCAAGAAGAUACGGGGAUCCCAGAGACUCAUUCAGAAAUUGUGAACAAUAAUUGGAGGAAGAGAAAUGAAACGUGGGGUUUUGGAGCAGCAUGUCUGUGGAACGACGAGGAAGGAACAACGCUAAACGUGUGAGACCCGUUCUAAGGCAUCUCUCAGCAUUGUUGGAGAUCGCCGCAGAUUCUGUGUGAAGCUCGAGUAUUACUACCAAUUGUAUGCAGCACUUAACGGCGAUGACAAUCGGGCUACAGUAAAUGCAAAGGGAAUGCAAUUGCCUGCUGUAUAUACACACAUCAGCCGGUGAGAAAAAAAAAGGAACUAUAAAAAAGACAAAAACAAACUUUAAACCAGGAUUUCUUUUCAAAGAGGAGUGCAAAUGAAUGGCGACACAUUUCCCGCUGAUCUGAGCGGAUCUGCUUGCUGCGCGGAUCACUUGCCACUGUCUGGUUGAUAUUGUUGGGGGGGGGGGUUCCUUGGGAUUUUGGCACCUAAAGGAUUACCCCACCGGGUUCUGGUGAAAAUGCAAGCCGGCUUGAGAGCACUGUUUGCGGGCACCGGAGCUUCUCUCUGCUGCCUGUUCCUCCUCUGGGUCAUCUGCUCGCAUUUAUUAAAAGAAGGUCAGUUAGCAGUGGGGACAUGUGAAAUCGUCACUCUGAACAGAGACAGCAGUCAACCAAGGAGGAUGAUAGCCAGGCAAACAGCGCGGUGUGCCUGCAGGAGAGGGCAGAUCGCUGGGACUACUCGGGCGAGGCCAGCCUGCGUCGAUGCUCGGAUAGUAAAGAACAAGCAGUGGUGUGAGAUGGCGCCCUGUUCAGAAGGUGAAAUCUGUGGUUUACUAUUGAACCGGUCGGGAUGGACGUGCACCAAAGGAGGGGGCCGGAUAAAGACAGUAACAUACGCAGGAAGGAGCUGGAUGAGUUGCAGGAGGUCACAGUGUCACAUGAUCAGAAAGUGCAGCCACAUUGCCACACACAGCCGCCAAGCAAGAAUCAGAGACAGGUUUCCUGACAGCCGUAGAAAAGAAGCCAUCAUUACCAGGCAGCAUCUCGUCUCCAGUACCUCAAUUCCAAUCCACUACAGUGGAGAGCACCAUCUGUUGAUUGUCACUUGGUUACACUCAUGUCACAUCGAGCUAAAGCUGUUUCUGCUGCGGCAUUUAGACUAUCAUUCCUAGGCAAACACUUCCCAAAGCCUCAACUGCCUGCAGACUCCCAACGAUAUCGGCCAAGGCUUCUGUUUUUUUUUUUUUUUUUUUUGGCUGCCAACUUUACACAGAGAAAAAAAAAUAAAAAAUACCCCUUUGGUGGAUGAAAGACUUGAUUUACAUCAGGUCUUUGAGGCAAGCAUCUGUGUCAGUUUCAGAGGAUGUGAUUUAUACACUUUAGUUAAGUUUUGUGUUCCAAAAAAGAAAAAAAAAGAAAAGGGGCGUUUCUCAUUAAAGCUACGGACAUAUAUUCACAGUUUUAUUUCAAAAUAAA